AUGGUGUGGCAUGUCCUUCUCCUGGUGCUGGUCGUGCAGGCGACGGUGGUGAAGAUCACUCUGCCUCACGUGGUCCCAUCCUCUCAGUUGGUCUCGACAUUCCCAGUCGGCCUCUCAAUAGAGCAAGACCAUUUCCCUAUAUGGGCCGGACCCCCCUCAGCACAGAACACGUACACCCAGACUCUGCUCAAAAAUGUUGUCGAUCGAUCUGGGGUCCCUCCUCCUGUCCGUGUAGGGGGGACGACAGAGGACCGCACCUGGCUAGCACCCAACACCAGCAUCCUCUCCUCUGCUGCCGUCUUCCCUCCUAGUAGCAACGCCAGCACCAGCCGUCUCUAUCCAGAAGCGACGCUCGUCUACGCCGGGCCUGAGUUCUGGGAAAGUGCGCGCAACUUUCCCAAUGGCACAGAGUUCACCUUUGGCAUCAACCUUCGAGCGCAAGACCCGGUGAUGGCGCGGGAGGUUGCGAGGAUGGCGUGGGAGAGCGUGCAGGGGACGGGUGUCAAGUUGAGAGCGUUCGAGAUUGGGAACGAGCCGGAUAUGUACGGCAACUGGUCAGCAACGUUCUACGCUUCCAACUGGAAUGCAGCAGCACUCUCCAUAGUGAACGCCUCCCUACCCUAUGGCCAACCCACUUUCCAGCUGUUCGCCUUCGCUAACCCGAGCGCUCGUGCCAAUUUCUCCAUCUCCGGGGCACUCAAUGCCGGCGUCGCGGCUCCAGAACGCCUCAGAGGGCUAGCAAGAAUAGCAAGCGAGCAUCAUUAUCAAUGGUCUACCAAGAUCGCCGACCUCAUGUCCAAAUCUAUCAUCUCCUCCCAACUCGACCAGUUCUCGCCAGAGAUCUCCGCCGCGCAAAAAGCAGGCCUCCAGUUCGAGUUUGGGGAGACGGGUAGCGUAGGCGGUCACGGAGCCCCAGGGGUGAGCAACGUCGCCGGCUCCGUCAUCUGGGCUGUCUCAUACACCUUUCAAGCCCUCACCAGAGGCGUAAAGCGGCUAUACUUCCACAACGGCCUCUGCUAUCGGUACAACUUCUUCCAACCGGUUUCUUCCUGCGCAGACGACACCCACCUCUCCGGAGCGCACAUCCUGCCCAUGUACCACCUGCUCCUCGUCGUUGCUGAGGCACUUUCCUACCCUGGGCCGGUGAGGGUUGGGGAACUGCAGACUGGGGCGGGGGAGGUGAGCGCUUGGGGUGUCUGGGCUGCAGAUACGGACCAGCUCCUCAGAGUUGUGCUGGUCAACUCAGCGCCGUACACCUCGGGCACACGCGCCUCUUACGCAUACACGUUCUCCAACCUCCCCCCCUCUGCAUCAGGGUCGUCCAACAGCAGCGGCAGCCCCUCAUCUUCGGAACCCGCACUAGGCCAACCAUGGAUCAGGCGGCUCUUCGUCCCCGGAGUAGAGAGCAUGGGAGGCCUGACCUGGGCUGGGCAGAGUUAUGAAACAACCUCGGGAAAGGCGGGGGGAAAGAGGGUGGACGAGUUGCUCGCUGUUACCCCUGCGUCCGGGGCGGGGGCUGGGGUUGGGGAGGACGAGGAGAGAGGGAGUGGGGGUGGGACAGGGAGCAUACAGGGUUGGGAGAGCGAGGUGCUGGUUUUGUUUUUUAGGGAAGGUUGA